UUGAGAGGCGUUGCCGCACACACCGACGACUACAGCAAUAUAUACCCAGCCUUCGUCAGAUAUUUUCAUACAUUCAGCAUUUAGCCGCAGCGUAACGUACGGUUAUCGUCAGAGUUUAAGAUAUUUCAAGAAAUAAAGAUAAGCAAUGGCAAGCUACAUUCACGUACCCGACGAGGCUCCCGCUGUGCCCAAAAUAGAUGUGACAGUUGACGAAAGCGACUACAGAUCCGGAGCUCUCAAGCUGAUCAAGGAGCUGAGACCGAGUUGGAAGCCAUCCGAGGUCAAACUCAAGUUUUUCACAGAUGGGAUCACCAACAAGCUGCUGGGCUGCUACAUUGGUGCAUUCAUGCAGGAUGUGGUUCUGGUCCGUAUAUAUGGCAACAAAACAGAAUUGUUGGUUGACCGGGAAAAUGAAGUGAAAAGUUUCAGAGUACUACAUGCAAACCGCUGUGCCCCACACCUAUACUGCACCUUCAACAAUGGCCUUUGUUAUGAAUUUUUGCAAGGAACUGCCCUGGAACCUGAGCACAUACGCAGCCCGCCUGUGUUCAGCCUCAUUGCCAAGCAGCUUGCUAAGUACCAUGUCAUCCACGCCCACAACGGCUGGGUGCCCCAGUCCGACCUGUGGGUGAAGAUGGGCAAGUACUUCGCUCUCAUCCCCAAAUACCUCAAGGACCCUGAGAAGAACGCCAGGUUGAGUAUGGAGGUGCCCAGCCCCCGGUGCCUCCGAGAAGAGCUGGUAUGGCUCCAGCAGAGCUUGUCUGUGCUGGGCUCCCCCGUAGUUCUCUGCCACAACGACCUUCUCUGCAAAAACAUAAUCUAUAAUGCGGAGGAAGGCCAUGUAAAGUUCAUUGACUACGAGUACGCUGGGUACAAUUACCAAGCCUACGACAUUGGGAACCAUUUCAACGAGUUUGCUGGCCUGAAUGAGGUGGAUUAUAGUCACUACCCUCAGCGGGCCUUCCAGCUGGAGUGGCUGCGCUCCUACCUGGAGGCAUUUAAGGAGAAUAAAGGCCAGGGCAGCGUGGUGACCGACAGAGAGGUGGACACUCUUUACGUCCAAGUCAACAAAUUUGCCCUGGCAUCUCAUUUCUUCUGGGGUCUCUGGGCACUGAUUCAGGCCAAGGUCUCCACCAUCGACUUUGAUUUCUUGGGAUAUGCAGUCCUGCGCUUCAACCAGUACUUCAAGAUGAAACUGGAGGUGGCUUCGUUGAACUUACCUGAAUAAAAUCCCCCACCCACUCAUCUUCUUCUCCUCCUGCUCUUCCUCCCUUCCUACCUGCUCUGGGCUUCACAUGUCGACUGCAGAACGCCCUGAGGGGGUCCUUGUAGGGAAGAACCAGACUGAGAGUCAGUCCUGCUCGGUGCCUACAGUCCCCUUCACGUGUCCUUAUCUCUAGAGAUUGGAUGGACCACAGGCUUUUCCAUCCUCUGCUGUCACACCUUUGUUAACCGGCAGCCCACAUCAUUUGUGGGCACGUGUGAAGUACAGAUUUAAGACUACUGCUACAAUGUGAAGCCCACACGGCCAAAUGUGUUAAAUUAUUCUAAUUUAAAUUGGGAUAUCAAUUUGAUAUAUAUAUAUAUCAUUUACUUGUAGGCAGCUAUUCUUGUAGCUCAAAUCACCAGACAGAGGUGGAAUGUCACGUUAUUCAAAACAUUGGUAACCACUUCCAUGACUGACAGGUGGCCCAAACACUAACCUUGCCAGGUUUGCCUGGAGACACCUUCCUCAUAUGUGCAACAAGGGGAAAAACGCUUGAGGGCCAGCCCAGCUAACGACCAAAUUUAUUACAAAGUGAAAGCAACAUAAAGCCUGCUUUGUUUGCUGAAGCACCGAGAUGAAGGAAAAAAUGAAAUGCCAACUUGGAAAGGCCAGUGAUGUCCCUUAAUGCCAUGUGAUAUGAGCCAAAUCAUUUCAAAAAGAAAAAACUUGUGGCCUGUCUUGUGACUUUUGUUUUUACCCUUAUUUUCAUCAGCAGACGGUGGGCAUGGUGUGGUAGGCCAGAAUAGCCGUGUUGUCAUUGUUUCUGUGAAGUUUGGUGAGGGUGUGUGUGUGUUUUGACUUUCUGGACUGAAGGUAGAAACAUUGAGUUGUAGGAGAGCCUAUAGUGUUUACGUCUAACCUCUUCCUUGAGUUGUACUCGAGCAGGGUUUUGACUUGAGGGAGUUUUCCACUGUUAUGUACAUUUCAUGUUUUGACACUUGGCGAAAUCUAAUCGGGAAGAGCUUGCAUCUCACUGUAAUUUGAACAUUCCAUGUUCAUAACUCUAGAUAGGGAUUUGGUUAAGUAGCAGUGUUGGGGACUGUAUUCCCUCUGACUUCGACGUACUGUACUAAACAAGACCAAACCAUUAUAUUGUUUGCUCUGUGUCAGGGAACGUUAAGGAAUCAUCUUUAAAAUAAAAUAAAAAACACUCCUGUCCAAUUUCAAGGACAUUUUAUACACUUGUAGACCAGUCUUCAUUCAAGUAUGUAUUGAGAUUAGUGUGAUAUGGUCUUAUGGCUAAGCCCAAUGUUGAGGGUAUGUUGAAAAGUCGAAAUUGGGCGAAAAAGAAAGUAGACUAUCUUGGUUACACACAUCUGUGUUGAGUUUAAAACAAUGUAAUGAAAGUCAGCUGUUAGUGCAACCUGAGGGAGAAGAGCAUCAUCUGUUGGACAAAGAAAGUAAGGCUGUUCUUGAUAUUUACUUUCACCUACAUGUUUUUGUUCUUUUUAAAUGAGCUUUAGUAGGUCUUUUAAAAAAAAAAAACUGAAAAACAAGUUCAACUCUUGGUUACUUUAACAAGCCUACACCAAAGUGCUGACAUCUGUUUUUUGCUUGUACAUAAUGCACAAUGUAUCAUUUUUUCAAUGUAGCACAAAGAGAAUUAGAAACGGUUAUAUAUAGACUUUUUAUACUUGUAUUAAGGCCGAGGUCUUUGAGUGUGUGGAUGUUUGCUGAUGCAAUGGCAGAUGAAUCUUGGACAAAUAUAUAUAUUUAAAAAGAAUUACAAAAUGUGAGUCUGACGCAAUUCAAACCUGAACAAUGUGGCGAAAAACGUUUUCUUGUUUACUCCCAAAAGUGUUAUGAAUAUUUCAAAAAUAGCAUGUUCGCCCAGUUGCUCUCUGCUGUUACAUCUUUGCAAAGCACCGUAAAGAGACAAUUACUGACAAGACUGGAUCGUCCAAGUCUCAUGUUCACACUAGUCUGCCGGUGUGCCUGUGAAAGCUCUUAUUUUAUACUUAAAAGUUUGAAGGCCUAUCUCUUGUCUUCUGUCUCUAUAAUUUGGUGUUGUGUUUUUCAUGCAGGUGAAUUUACAUGAAGGGAGUUGUAAGAGUGUUUUGACAAGUUAUUGGUUUAAUAUGUGUUGGAGGAAAAUGUGGUCUGUGAAAGAUAGUUUUCCAUUGGUUAGAACACUGUCAGACCACAUUUACCAUUAACACGCUUAAAUGAACGUGUGUCCAAGAUGACUGUCACAUAAUUCAAACGUUCUAAAUGUCUAAAAUCAAACGGCUGAAAUAUUUCCUAAAGGCUUAUUUCCCCCUCUUUCUGAAACAUCCAUCAUGCAUAGGUCAUCUCGGUGUGCUAAUAAUAUGAACCUCCACUACUAUUUAACAUUGUACAAAAGGCUGUCCUGAAAGCCCUCUGGCCACUUUAGCAUAUGUUUAUAUGUACAGUAAACCCAUGUAAUAUUAUCUUUGCUUGUUAUCAAAUGUGAAUGAAUGUACAUAGGAGUUCUUUUUUUCUAAAAGUUGCAUUAAGGUAAAUAGUUGCCUGCGGGUAAGAGGUGAUAUUAAAAACCUGACAUUUUCAAUACUGUAAACAUGCUUUGAAAAUAAAGUUUAUUUACCCUUA